CACCACUCCGAUGAAUACUUUAUAGAAAAAAAGUCUCAUCUGCAGCAGGAUAAACGCUGAUAAGAGGGCAAUUUGUUUAUUUUCACGUCAGUUAAAAUAAAAUUCGCUGCCCAAAGAGAAAGCACUAGAACGACGGCAAGACAAGCAAUUAUUCUAACAUUAGCGACAAUCCCUGAAUACCGCUCGGUCGUGGCGGCGACAACAACAACAACAACAACCAAAGCCAAAAAGCAAAAUACACAAUUUGGCCCAAAGUGGUGGCUGCGACAGGAUGUGGGACUCGUCAAUGUUUCUGAGCACAUUGACGCCAAAGUUUUAUGUAGCGCUCACAGGCACCUCGAGCUUAAUAUCGGGCCUCAUACUUAUUUUCGAAUGGUGGUAUUUUCGCAAAUACGGCACCUCAUUUAUUGAACAAGUAUCGAUCAAUCACAUUAGCCCCUGGAUCAAUGGAAACGAUGCACAAUCAGACAAUGGCAGCGGCAGCAGCACCAGCAGCGGCUCCAGCAGCAGCAGCAGUGGCGGUGGGAACGGGGGUGGUGGCGGGAACGGUGCAGGCGGGGGCGGCAAUUCGACCACCUCAACCGGAACACCCGAAUGUAAGGUAUGGCGCAAUCCGUUGAAUCUGUUUCGUGGCGCCGAAUACCAACGCUUCUUCUGGGCAACCAGCAAAGAGCCGCUCACCUAUUACGAUAUGAACCUGAGUGCCCAGGACCAUCAGACGUUCUUCACCUGUGAGGGUGAUGCACGCAAGGAGGAGUAUGAAAUAAUGCAGACAGCGUGGCGUGAACGCAAUCCCAUGCAACGCAUCAAAUCCGCACACAAUGCGCUCGAGAUCAAUGCCGAAUGCGCACCGGCAUAUAUACUGCUCGCCGAGGAGGAGGCCAUGACCAUAGUGGAGGCCGAGAAAAUACUCAAGACGGCGCUGAAGGUGGCCGAAAUUAAUUACCGCAAAUCGCAGGCAACCCAGCACCAGGGCGCCAUAGCCGACGGGGUGCAUCGGCGCGACACAAAUGUCCUGAUCUACAUUAAACGCCGCCUGGCCAUGUGCGCCCGAAAGCUGGGCAAGCUCAAGGAGGCGGCCAAAAUGUUUCGCGAUCUCACCAAGGAGAUACCAUCGAUAAUGAGCGUGCUAAACAUACACGAGAAUCUCAUCGAAACGCUGCUGGAGAUGCAGGCCUACGCCGAUUGCCAUGCAAUACUGGCCAAAUACGAUGACAUCUCGCUGCCGAAAUCGGCGACCAUUUGUUAUACGGCCGCGCUGCUCAAGGCACGCGCCGUCGCUGACAAAUUCUCACCGGACAUUGCAUCGAAGCGUGGCCUAAGUCCGGCCGAGAUGAGCGCCGUUGAGGCCAUACAUCGGGCUGUUGAAUUCAAUCCGCAUGUGCCCAAAUAUUUACUGGAAACAAAGCCCUUAAUUCUGCCGCCAGAGCAUAUACUGAAGCGUGGCGAUUCUGAGGCCUUGGCCUAUGCAUUCUUCCAUUUAAAGCACUGGAAACAGGUCGAGGGUGCACUGAAUCUCCUGCACUGCACUUGGGAGGGCACAUUCCGUAUGCUGCCAUAUCCGUUAGAGCGCGGACAUCUCUUCUAUCCAUAUCCGACGUGCACCGAGUGCGCCGAUCGUGAACUUCUGCCGGCCUUUCAUGAGGUCUCCGUCUAUCCGAAAAAGGAGUUGCCCUUCUUUAUACUCUUCACGGCGGGCCUGUGCUCGUUCACCGCCCUACUGGCCCUGCUCACGCAUCAAUAUCCGGAGCCCAUGGGCCUGCUGGCACAGACCGUACUUACCUGGAUAUUGUAUCCGAUACAGUUGCUCAAGGAGCGCAUCGAGGCAUUCUGGCCGUGCAAUUUGCUGCAGCAAUUGUCGCGUGUCUAAAAUAUAGCUAACCGAAACGACGCCAACGCACACAACAUGCACACCCACACACACACACACGUACACACACACGCACACCCAUACACCGAACUAAGAUCAGGCAUACGACGGGAUGCUCUCAAUGCAUCUCAAGAGAAGAAAACCAACCCAAGCUACAAAAGAGAACUCAUACAAAAACAUGCAAACAUAUACAUACCUAUAUAUAUAUACACACAUAUAUAUAUAUAUAUAUAUACAUAUAUUUUGGAUCUUUGUCUGUGUUUCGUGAAAUAAUAAAAGAAAAGCAAGUAUAAACAAUUUUCCAAUUUAAAUUGAGACAAACAAACAAAAUUCAAUUCAAUUAUUUCGCUGAUUUGUUCCUAUAGUUAUAGUUAAUGAGCUAGAUCGGUCCGAUCGUUCGAGAAUAUCGUAAGAAGUAAUUCAUUAAUUGCCACUAAUUGAUGUGUUUUUGUGUGUGUUUCAGCUUGGCGCUCAUGUAUUUUGCUUUUAAGUUUUAUUUAAAUACGAUUAGUUUAUGUACGACAAAUAUAUACGAAAUU